CCCGGUAUAAAAAAAGUACUGAAGACAUUUCCCCCGCACAACUGCUAAAGCUCCAGAGACGCGAGCGUGUGCGGCGGCGGCAGCAGCGGCGGCAGCGGCAGCCGCCACCUCCGGGACUCCCACAGCUGGGGCGGCAGCGGCGCGGGCGGGGGCGAGGGGCGGGAGCGGUGCGCGGGCGGCGGGGGUCUGGGAAAGACCGCGUCGCUAGCCGCUGCCGGAGCGCGCUCGCCGCUUCUGGAAGUGUUGCCGCCUCGCGGUCUCUCGCUCGCUGCUGCGCUCCUGGAAGGGGCGGCCGCCUCCAGGUGACACAGACGGGACUCCCGCUUGCGCUUUCCAGAUGCAUCAGAGAUACUUUUGGACUGACCAGAGCCAAGUGGCGCUCGACGGGUACUACAUGGCGGAGAGCGAAGGGUACUUCGCCAUGGCCGAGGACGAGCUGGCCGGCGGCCCUUACAUCCCCCUGGGCGGCGACUUUAGCGGCGGCGACUUCAGCGGCGGCGGCAGCUUCGGCGGGCACUGCUUGGAGUAUUGCGAAAGCCCCACGGCGCACUGCAACGUGCUGAACUGGGAGCAAGUGCAGCGGCUGGACGGUAUCCUGAGCGAGACCAUUCCCAUCCACGGACGCGGCAACUUCCCCACGCUCGAGCUGCAGCCGAGCCUGAUCGUGAAGGUGGUGCGGCGGCGCCUGGCCGAGAAGCGCAUCGGCGUCCGGGACGUGCGCCUCAAUGGCUCUGCCGCCAGCCACGUCCUGCACCAGGACAGCGGCCUGGGCUACAAGGACCUGGACCUCAUCUUCUGCGCCGACCUGCGCGGGGAAGAGGAGUUUCAGACUGUGAAGGACGUCGUGCUGGACUGCCUGUUGGACUUCUUACCCGAAGGGGUGAACAAAGAGAAGAUCACACCACUCACGCUCAAGGAAGCUUAUGUGCAGAAAAUGGUUAAAGUGUGCAAUGACUCUGACCGAUGGAGUCUUAUAUCCCUAUCAAACAACAGUGGCAAAAAUGUGGAACUGAAAUUUGUGGAUUCCCUCCGGAGGCAGUUUGAAUUCAGUGUAGAUUCUUUUCAAAUCAAAUUAGACUCUCUUCUUCUCUUUUAUGAAUGUUCAGAGAACCCAAUGACUGAAACAUUUCACCCCACAAUAAUCGGUGAGAGCGUCUAUGGCGAUUUCCAGGAAGCCUUUGAGCACCUUUGUAACAAGAUCAUUGCCACCAGGAACCCAGAGGAAAUCAGAGGGGGAGGCCUGCUUAAGUACUGCAACCUCUUAGUGAGGGGCUUUAGGCCUGCCUCCGAUGAAAUCAAGACCCUUCAGAGGUAUAUGUGUUCCAGGUUUUUCAUCGACUUCUCAGACAUUGGAGAGCAGCAGAGAAAACUGGAGUCCUAUUUGCAGAACCACUUUGUGGGAUUGGAAGACCGCAAGUAUGACUAUCUCAUGACCCUUCACGGAGUGGUGAAUGAGAGUACGGUUUGCCUGAUGGGACAUGAAAGAAGACAGACUUUAAACCUUAUCACCAUGUUGGCUAUCCGGGUGCUAGCUGACCAAAAUGUCAUCCCUAAUGUGGCUAAUGUCACUUGUUAUUACCAGCCGGCCCCUUAUGUAGCAGAUGCCAACUUCAGCAAUUACUACAUUGCACAGGUUCAGCCAGUAUUCACAUGCCAGCAACAGACCUAUUCUACUUGGCUACCCUGCAAUUAAGAAUCAUUCAAAAAUGUCCCAUGGGGAAGCCAUUUCAGACAAGAUAGAAAAGAAAAAAAAAAACAAAAGACAAAAAGAAAAAAAAAAAGAGUGACCCAGCCCUGAUUAGGGAUGUGUUUUGUGCAAUGAUGAUAUGCUCCUGGUUUUAAGCUUGGCAAAGCUUGUGGAUCUUUUAAUAGGUAUGGGAGCAUGAUGUUGAAAGGUUCCUCUUCCUUAGACCUCCCCUUAUUCUCCUACUCAAUUGGAUUCUAUCCUGGAAAAGAAGAGACCUGUCAUUAAAAGCAACCAGUUUCUCCUAAGAUAAGGGAAAAAAAAUGCUUGAUGACAAUAUGGGUUUGCAGUAUCUGCUCCCAUAGCUUUGCCAUAGGAAAAAAAAAGUGGGAGGUUUCUUUUAAGAUGGAAUUCAUAAAAGGGAAAAAUAUAGAGGAAAAAAGAUCUCCCCCCAAUUUGUUUAUCAGUUCAGAAGUUCAGAUAGUAAAUACAGGAAGUAUGGGAACUCCAACAUUGGAAUUACUAUCUGAGGCUUGUAGCAAGUGCUUUCUGCGGACUGAUCCUGUUGUGCUGACAGAAACGGCUUGCUCCGAAUGAACAGUAGUAGGUUGGUGCAGUUCUCAUAACAAACAGCAGAACUUACGAUGACACAAUCCAUUAAUUCCAGCUGCGUGCAUAGCUCGCAUUUUUAAAAUGUGAAAAUGCAAGCAAAUACAGCUGUAGCAAAGAAAGUAUGCUCAAGGACCAAAGAUUUAACAGACAAAAAUACCCAAGUAGAAGAGAUAUAGUAGAAUAUACAAAGAGUUACUAUAUUUGUUACACACCAAUAUACAUCAAAGUGCCUGUUGCCUUCUGAAAAUUUGAAGUGGCAAAAUUAUUUUAUGGUUUAAUGAUUAUUUUAUCAGGGACUGACUCGAAGAAAAUAAAACAACACAUAAGCUUGUGAAUGGUGGAGAAAAUGCCCUAUUUUUUUCUUGGCAAAUACUUGUAUAAAGUCAACAUUGUUGGUGUUAUAUUAUCAUAGGUACAUGUGUAUGUGUGUGUGUAUUACGUGUAUAUGUAUACAUAUAUGUAUGUGUACACACAGUACAUUGACUAUGAUCUAGAAUAAUAUAUCAAAUAAGAAAUGUUUAAAUACUGUGUGCUUUUAUGUUUUCGACAGGAUGACAUGAGACGUGGGCAUAUUGCAAUGAUGAAUUAAAAUCUACAUCUAAAAAUAUUAAAGCAACUGAAAGGGGAAACAAGUAAUAUAUUUUAUAGGAAGAGCAGAAGUUCUACAGUUUUAGUGAGUUUUUUUUUUUUCCCUUUUUUUGUGAGCCAUAGAAUUCUACAAAUGGGAGAAUAUUUGUUUGGCAUAGCAAUCUUUUUUACACUGAACUGUCAUUUUGACAGUUUGAACCCAUUUUUUUUUUUUUAUUAAUUGCAUGCCUUCGUGAUGUUUAAUCUAGUGGAUCAUGGGUCAGUGAUAGGCUACUUAAAUCCCUGACUGCGAAAAAGAAUUUCUGGUGAUCAGAACACUACUUAUUAAUAUUUAAAUGAAUUUUUUAGUGAAUGCAUUCUGCAUUUCUGGACCACUAGAAUUUAGUAAAUGUGAAAUGACCCUUUUUAAAGAGUAUUUGCACAAUUGCUUAAAAUUUAUAUAUGAGAUAUAUAUUAUAUGUAACAUUUUAUAAAUUCGUGUCGAUAUGAAACACCUUUGAUCUGGUUGUCACACUGCAUUUAAAUAUUUAGUACUGUACUUUAAGUUAAAUCACUUUGCAUUAAAUCAAAUCCAACUUUAUUUUCUCUUUUACAAGAUACCAGUUACACUUUUGUGAAAUGAACUAGCAUUGCUAUUUCAGUUCAAUGACAGAUAAUCCUAAAACCACCCCUUCUCCCAGCCAUUAGUUCCUCUAGACACUGGUCUCUGAAAAUGCAUUUGUUAAAAACAAAGCUAACAUGUAAAAACCUUUACUUUGUGUUGUAAAACAACCACAUAAUCCCCACCAAUCCUAGUGGAUGACUGCUUGCUAAUAUAAUUCCUCUAAAGGCCCAAUCAAGACUUUUGUCAUCAGUUAAAGAGGGAAUGGGGAAGAAAACAGUAUCCUUCUAUUGGCAGUGUAAUUUGUUUGUUUGUUUGUUUGUUUAUUUGGGGAUCCCUCAUAUGCUUUGUGCUAGGUUAAUCCAGGUUAAUCUGUCUGGACUAUCUUUUGUGCAUCUUUCUUCAAAGCUUAAUGGGAACCUGAUGGGUUUGCUGUAGCGGUUUCCCUGUGAAUUCUGUGAGAGCUGUAAUGGUCCCUGCACUGCCACUCAGUUUUCUAGGGAACUCUUCCUACUCCCACCACGGCUCAGUCUCCCUCAUUCCAGCCCUGAGUUUGAACAAUUAAUUGCAAAUUCCCAGGAAAUGUUAUUUGGUUUGCAGAUUAAACCUGGCACUCACCUGUCAGAAACCAGGGCUCCGCCUGCUUAGCUGUUCCGAAGUUUUCUAACACAAAACAGAAAACCCAGGAGUGCUUGCUGGGGAACACAGGAGCAGCUGGUGAUCUGUUUUUUUCUCACCUAACUCUUGACAAAUGAGUCGUCUACUAUUUUAAAGAGUCUGGAGGUCUCUGGCUCUGCCAUAGCAACAACCUGCUGUUAAUUUAUGACACAUGUUUUUGUUUGGAGGGGCCUUAUUUGAAAAUACACUUUUCAUUUAUUUUCUCAAAUAUUUAUAUUCUUUUCUUGCUUCAGGGUUGGUAGCUUAGUUGGAAGUGCCAGCACCUGGCACGUAUUCAUAUAGAACAGGCUGUACUCGAGGCAACCUUCAGCAUUUACUUUAAGACUUACAUAAUUUAUUUCUAUUUUGUAUGUACUAUAGUCUUGUGCGUACGUAGUUGAACACACAGUGAAAUAUAUGUCUCUCUUUGUGGAUGUGUGGCCUAAAAAUUUGAAUGUCUGAUGAGAAAGAGCCAUGUGUAUAGGUCAGAGAAAAGAACAGCUCUCAACUCCCAAUUAGUGCCUGUGAUUUGUUUGCUUUUGUGUUUAUCCGGCCUAGUUUGCUGUUACUUUAAAACAGGAAGAAAUUUUAUCUUCUGGAGGCUCUUCUCACCUGUCCAGUCUGGCAUGUCAGAGAACACAGCCUAUGACAAUGCCCUUAUGAAAAGUUUACUUCAUUUCCAGUAAAUCCAGCUGCCUCAAGAACUCCUAUACCAAGAUGGACUUUUCCCUUCCAGAAAUGGGAUCAAAUAUCUGCUCACUUUGGUAUUGGGUGGACUAUGUUCCAAAAAUUCGAGGAUGGAAGAAUAUCUGUAAUCCAAGCCAAGGAAUGAAAUGAAAUGAAAAGUGAAUAUACUAUUUUUACCACCCUUUUCUGUUUGCUUAUUGUCGGUUGCUUUACUGUGCAUAAAGUUGUUUUCAAUGCAGUGCUUGUUAAAUAAAUAUUGUGAACUAUUUUGUAAAUGAAAUGUAUUAUGUUGAAAGCUGUCAGCAGUUCAAAAUUAAGCUUUUUUGUUGUUGAAGGUGAAGUGUGUAGAUGAAACCAAAAAGCCAAAAAAAAAGUAAUUUCAUAUAUAGCACCUCUUGAGUAUAAUCUUUCUUUAAAAUUUCAUUUAGCAUAGCCUUUUCAGUGCUAAGAAAGAAUCUCUAUGUAGUAUUUUGUUAUAAUAAUGGCUUUUUAACAAAGUAAAUGGUAAAGUACAGUCAGAAGAUGUCAAGUUAACUUGGGAGACUUGCUGCAAAGCCUUGCAGAAUGGAGGAGGCUCUGCCCCACUGGCUGUCUCUCCCUCCAACCUCUACAACCAUUGCCUGCUCUGAGGCGUCCUGUUGCAGCAAGCUGCACCUUGGGUCACUCUUGAAAUAUUUUGACUAUAGACUGUGUCACAGGCAGAAAAGGAGUUGAUGGAAAAUGUACUCUUAAAAACUGACAUGUUUGAAUCAGUGCUAGAGGGAACAGAUUGUGAAUUUUGUUUACAGCAUCCAAUAUUUGGAUUUUUUUUUUUUUGUAAAUAAAAAGAAGUUAUUUUUUUCUAUUGA